AUGCUCCCCAGCGCCGUGGCCGCCCACGCCGGCGCGUACUGGGACGUGGUGGCCUCCUCCGCGCUCCUCCACCUCCCCGCCUCGCCCGGCUUUGGCAACCUGGGCAAGAGUUUCCUGAUCGAGAACCUGCUGCGGGUCGGGGGCACCCCGACACACGGGCUGCAGCCGCCCGCGCCCCACGGCCCGGCGGCCGCCCUCGCCACCCCCGGCGCGCAGCUCCGGCCCCUCCCCGCCAGCCCGGUUCCCCUCAAGCUGUGCCCCGCGGCGGAACAAGUCAGCCCCGCCGGGGCUCCCUACGGCACACGCUGGGCUUUUCAAGUGCUCAGCCCCUCGGCUGACGGCGCCAGGCUGCCGGCCCGGGCUCCAGGGGACCGAGACUGUACCUUCCAGCCUUCAGCCCCAGCGCCUUCCAAGCCUUUUCUUCUGAGCGCCCCGCCAUUCUACUCGGCGUGCUGCGGUGGGUCCUGUCGGCGCCCUGCAUCCUCGGCUGCUUUUCCAAGAGAAGAGGGUGUGCUGCCUCUCCUGACACAGGACUCUAAUUCCAAAGCUCGGAGGGGCAUUUUGAGAAGAGCUGUCUUUUCUGAGGACCAGAGGAAAGCUCUGGAGAAGAUGUUUCAGAAGCAGAAAUAUAUCAGCAAAACAGACCGAAAGAAACUUGCCAUCAACUUGGGACUAAAGGAAUCACAGGUGAAAAUUUGGUUUCAGAACAGAAGGAUGAAAUGGCGGAAUUCCAAAGAAAAGGAAGUGCUUUCCAACAGGUGUAUCCAAGAAGUAGGUCUUCAAGAGGAUGCCCUCUCACGGUCUGCUCUGGGUUUCCCUUCUCCGUGUCCUUCAGUAUGGGAAGUCGCCCAACAGCAUUCAAGUCCAAGAUGGAGGGAGAAUUCUCCAGAACCCCCAGAAAGACUAAUCCAGGAGAGUUCAGGGGCACCACCCCCAGCAGCAAAUUCACUGCAGGGUGCCUUGUAUUUAUGUUCUGAAGAAGAAGCUGAAGGCAAGGGUGUGCUUGCUGGGGCCAUCUGAGUGGAAGCAUUCCUUUGUGUUAAUUUAAAAGAACAUUUCACUAAUAACCUUUGAACUCUAAAGCCAGCUAUCAUAUGCCUCACCAAUGCUUAAAGCCUAACAGCUUUGGAGUGAUACAUGAACUAAUGCUUUAGGAGACCCACUCCAGUGUUCUCUUAUUUGGCUCUAGACUCAGGCUUAAUUUGUAAGUGGAAUAGAUCUCCCCGGAAGUAUGAUGGAACUGAGAAGAAUCAGAACAACUGACCCAGUCCCUGCUCUAAGUAUGUGUAUAUAUGCGUGUGUCUCUAUGUAUAUCUAUGUAAAUAUUCAUUAAAUACAUUAGUAGAAA